AAUUAUUAUUUUUACAAAAUUUAUCAGUCUUCUACUUUUUGAUCAAAUAAUACUAAUAAUAAAGACAAAAGCUCAGGUGCAGCUUGAAGGUAAAGAUGAUCGGAACGGACUGUUCCGCAAAAGACCUUCAACAGGAGCAUGCAACAACUGGCGCUUCUCUGUCUUCCGAUUUUUUCCACGCUGUCAAUCUUCUCCCAUGGCGCCGCGGGACCAUACCCCGACGUCCUCAAUGUCAGCCUACUGAUUGUGGCUUCUAUGAACUCGCAGGAGAUCUUCUCUCUGUACUACCUUCGUCCCAUCAUCGAGUUGGCCCGCGGUGACGCACUGACUCUCCACGGCGUCAACCUGACCGUAGCCUACUCCGGCGCCACGCCCACCGACACCUGCGACCUGGUGCAGGCGUCUGUUCUUAUCGCCAACUUCUCGCGCACCCUGCGCCGUAACCAGCCCGACCUGGUCGUGGGACCGUUUUGUGAUGCGGAUAUGCGAGUCAUUGCGCAACUGGCCAUGGGCAAUAACGUUACCACGUUCACGGCUGGAACGCCGUACUGGGAUAUGUUCGGUCUGUCCAAUGGUCUGAACCGCAUCGCGUAUUCGGCCAAAGAUCUCUUUCAGCCGAUCAUUCGGUUUUGUCUAAUGAACCAGUGGACUAAUUUGUCGGUGAUCUGGUACCAAAUGGAUCCCGUUAAUACGCUCGAUGGACGGAAUUACACUUACGAGCUCCUUUUACGAGCACUGGACACCGCUAUUACAGCAAAAAGCCCGAAUUCCUCGGUAGCCAAAAUACGAAUGGAAGAGAUCGUGCACAACAUGGCAGACCCGAAAUCUACCAAUGCUUCAGAAAAUCUAUACCGAGCAUCUCUCAAAUCGCGAAUGAUCAUCUUCCUCCUUCCAACGAAUCUUCUCCGCGGUUACCUCAUUCAGUCCUCACAGCUGGGUUUUAUGAGCGGCGAAUAUGUUUUCUUCGCGACCGAUGAGUUCGUGGACAACAUCAUCUUCAACGUCAAUCGAAGUAAAGGAACUGACGGAUUUGACGGUAUCGUUCAGCAAGGGUACCAGCAUCUCUUUGUGGCGUCGGUGCACAACUACCAGAACGACACCAGUCACCGCAAGUUUGUGCAAAAGAUGAUGCAGGCGACGGAUGAGGCCGGCGUGACGAACUACACGUCUCGAGAAGCGAUUUAUAUCAUGGCCAACCACUAUGAUGUCCUCAUGAUCAUUGCCGGUGCGUACCGCGCUGCACACCAACUAGGCUACGUCUUCAACCGCACCAAUGCAUGGGAUAGCGUAUUCUCCCGGCAGUACCUCAAUAAAACCCUGCUGCAAAAAGACUACGGUCUAUCGUGUGAUGCUCUGAGUAUAAGCGCCGCUGGCGAUAAGAAAGAGAAAUACGACCUGUGGUAUAUGAAUUCCACUACGGGACAGUUUGUGAUGGCAGCGAUUUACGACAGUCUGAAGAGGAAAUUUAAUCUCACGCUGGAUAUCGGCUGGGAAAAUGGUACUGUGCCGCCUAGCUAUCCGUCAUGUGGCUACACGGGCACCGAAUGUGAUCCAGAAGGCAGCGAUAACCGUCUGAUGGACGCCAUCCUCAUCCAGAUACCGGUUCUCUUUGUCUUUGUUGUGUCCGGGGUGUAUAUUACGCGCCGCUACCGCCGCCACAUACGCAACAAGACUGACUGGAUCGCCGACCCCGAUGAUCUGACCGUAAUGAACCCCAACGAUGAGCACAGCACGCGCCGCAGUCGGCUCAGCCGCGCAAUCCAUGCAGCCAAGGAGGAGCUGGAAGGCAAGCGACUGGAACAGGGCGGCAGUGGGGUUUUCGAGGCACAGAGCUUCGUCUCAGCAGUGUCGGCAUCAGCCGGCCACACGCAUUGGAACCGCCGUUCCAAUGCAAAUCCUGAUACCGGUGUUUGGAAAAAAACGAUGGUGACAGUUCGAUGGUGCAAUAAAAAGUCAGUGACUCUCUCCCGAAGGGUCACUCGGGAAGUGCAGCAAGUUCGCUCGUUGAAGAAUGACAAUCUGGCUGUUUUCAUUGGUGCAUGCAUGGCUAAAGACAGGGUUCUCAUUAUUUACGAAUACUGCUCACGAGGAAGCCUUCAGGAAUUAAUCGAACGGAAGGACGACAAAUUCGAAUGGGCUAUGCGCAUCGCUUUCCUGGAAGACAUCCUCAAUGCUCUGCUGUAUCUACAGAAGACAGCGGUGGGCUGCCACAGCCGACUGACCUCGCAAUGCUGUCACAUUGAGCGCCGGUUUAGUAUUCGCUUAUCGGACUAUGGUUUGCCCAGUUUCUUCGAUCACAACACGCUGGAGUCAUGGAUAGCCAAAAGGAAUCCCAAGUACAGUGAGGCGCAGCUGUGGCAAGCGCCGGAACAACUGCAAGCCGAGAUCGAUCAAAACGACCAGUUUAAGAAGGGUGUGGCGUUGGAUGUGUAUAGUUUCGGAAUUAUUCUGCAGGAAGUGCUGCUGCGGAGUGCCCCCUACUCAAUGUAUCCGGAUCUGGAUACCGACACGCUGACGCGUUAUCUGCGAAUCAAACGACCGGUAGACAAUAAACUGGUUCGUCCGUUCUUCCCGCCCGAUGAAUCCGCCCACAUUGACGCUGGCCUGAUGCACUUAGCGGAAGCCUGCUGGUCUGAAAACCCGGAUGCUCGUCCAAACCUCCACACCGCAAGGGAAACCGUUAAGGAAGCAGCAGCACGGAUGGGCAUCGAAAACCGCGGCUCUAUCAUGGAUAUGUUGCUGGUACAGAUGGAUCAGCAGAACUCGCGUCUGCAGGCCGUCGUGGAGAACAAAUGCAGUCAUAUCCUUAAAGAGACGCAAAAGUCUGAUCGCAUUAUCGCGCUAUGCUUUGAAAAUACACUGGCGGAGAAACUGAAGACCAGCCAGACGAUCUCACCUGAGGCCUUCGAAAUCGUCACCGUGCUCAUGAUGCAGAUGAAUCAUUUUGAGCAUAUUGUCGUUGACAGUACACCGGCGCAGCUUAUUGAUAUUCUCAACGAGUACAGUCGCUUCAUCGACGACACCGUGCAGUAUUUUGACUGCCGCAAGAUGGAUAUGGAUGUCGAUCUGAUCACGAAACUGCAGAUGGGAAUACACAGCGGCCCAUGUGUAGCAGCUGUGAUUGGUCGGAAAAUACCGCGCUACACAAUUACUGGCGACACACUAGACAUCUCCAAGCGAAUGCUAACCACAGGAUUUCCUCAACGAAUUCAGAUAAGCUGCUACACAAAAGACGUUCUAGAAACCUUUGGCAGUUUCAAGACAGAAGAGCGUGGAGAGGUAUUCGUCAAAGGAAAGGGAGCGCUGACAACGUACUGGCUUGCUGGCGAAGACGGCAAUAAAGAACUGAAACUGCUACAAAACAAGUACGAAGCAAUCCUGCUGGCAGAAGACGACAAACUAAUCGAAGCUUAUCAAACAGUACACCCAGGAAAAGAUUAACAAAUCUCUGUCUUCUCAUCGACCAAAUGCUUGUAUAUUAAAUCUUGAACGAUUUGUUCCACCGGUUGUCUUUCACUGUGAUUACCCGAAUCUGUACGAUUAUUCUCGUGUCGGAAUUCAUAAGUUUUCUCAGCCACAAGCGGCUUGUCCGCUCUCGUUCCCAGUAGUUUUGCAUGUCCAUGCCCAAUCAAGUAAUCAUUGGUCUGUUUAAGCACCACCAUAUUAGGGAACAAAAUUUCUUCCAA